UACAAGCCUGGCAGCAGAGUUUUGGAUUCUCUGGAGUCUUGCAAUGUGCGAGUCCGGAAGGCCAUAAAGAAGGCUAUUGCAUUGAUCAAGACGGCAUGUAAUAUACACACCACGCAGAGCCGUGUCAUCAUUUUAACGUCCCGUUGAAAUAUAUAUAUAUGGAUAAGUUAUGCUUCCGACAUCUGUAGCGGAAUGACAUGGUUAGCAAUGCAUUUAUUUCUCGGAUUUCUCUCAACGUUGCUGGCAAUAUGUCUCAGCAAAGCAACAGAACAGUUUUCAGACGGUCUAUGGCUCACAGCACAAGCCCUAAACACUACUGCAAUAGAUGUGAGAUGGCACUCUCUUCCGCCCCAAGUCCAUGUCCAACUGUCCUGCACAAAUGUGGAGGACAACGUAAUAACCUUCAAGACGACAGCGAACGGAAAAGGUCACACUGUCCUUGGCGGCUUACAAGAGGGCUCUCUAUAUCACAUUAUCAUCAUAUCAAGAGAUAGCAGAGGAAAGGAGACUUCAGUAUAUGUUGUAGUUAGCACAGAAUGUUCAGAUGAGGUUUAUCGUGUAGGAAGAAAACUCCAGCAAAGUGUGGCAGAAACUACUGUAGAGUCCACAACUUUCGAGGAAGCAACAACAUAUGUUGAAAGUACCAUAAGUAUUGAUACAACAGAAAGAACUAGCUCAAGUGACAGUUCAGUCUCUGAAAUAACGGCAGCUGAAACCACUGUCCAAAUAGACACUACAGAGGGUCACUCAACAACUGCAGAGACAACAGCCCAAGUAGUAUCGUCUGUAUCUACCAAUGUCUCUAUUAGUGCAAUAUUUGAAGCCACCAGAAAUGGGGGAACAAGUGAACUUUUAUCAAUGCAGACUGAUUCAGAGACGACUGAAAAUGAAGCUACAACAUUGGUUCUUACCAGCCAGAUGGGAACAAGUAGUGAGGAAACCACAGAUUUUACAUCCACAGUUGAAGCAACAACAUUGUCAGUAGCAACAAGUGUAAUAUCUGAAGAUGCAGACACAACAUUUGUAGAAACCUCAGUUCAAAUUGACACAACACUUAUCUCAACAUCAGAUAUAAGCACUACCGAUACUACAGGAAGUACUGUGCCUGCGACUGAAGCAAGUCAAGAAAGCAGUUCAGAUGAACUGACAGGUUCUUUUACAGAGGAAGCAACAACUCUUCCUGGAACAACCAAUGCAAUAUCUGGGGAUUUAGAAACAACAUUUGAUUCUUCAACAAUACAAGUGCAGUCUACAGUUGGGAUUUCUUCAGAUAUGAGCACAAGUGAAAUAGCUACUUUGCCAGAGACAACAAGUGUGUCUACAGAAGCUGUCAGUUUAGAUGCUACAAGUCAAGCUGACAUUUCUUCUAAACUUACAACUUUAAAUAUGGGUACAACUGAAGCAAGGUCUUUGCCUGAAACAACAAGAGUGACAACCGAAACUGUCUUUUCAGAUGCAACAAGUCUGGCAGAAAGCACACCUGAUCAGGCAUCCGUGACAGAAAGUAUCGCACCGAGUCAAACUAGCCAACAAAUCCUAACACAAACAAAUGAACCUUCAAGUCCAACAGGGACUGCAGCUGAGACCACACAGACCAUGCCAGAGUCAACAUCAACAUCAGCCGUGAAUGUAGUGACAACUACUGGAGCUGAAGAGACAACUGUCCAGGCUGUUACUACCAAUGUUGAAAUUGCUUCCUCUGGAGCCACUACCCAAGAUCUCUACACUUCAGAUGGUGCUGGCUCAUCAUUAAGCAGUGUAACUACAGCUGUUCCUCUAGAAACUUCUACAUUUUCUAUGGCAAGUCAGGUCUUGACUACAGAUAAGUCAGUGACCUCACAAAUUCAAACCACCAAUAACUUACCAUUUGUAACAUCAACCCCUGGGGAAUAUACCUCACAGAUGAGUACUUCCACAGAGCUCUCAACUGGGACUGUUAUUCUUUCGUCUACCACGAUUGAUGUAACUUCUGAGAAUUCUGUAACUGACCCUGAAUCAACUGUCCAAUUUACUGAGGAUACUACCACAAGUGUUCAAGGUUCAACCACAACAGUUGGUACAGGAGGUAUCUCAGCAACUGCAACAACCACUCAGUCUUCUAUGGAAAUGAGUACUGGUGCAGAUACGACAGAGAUAUCGACUUCUGAUGUAACAUCACAAUCUCCUACUACUUCAGGAUUCACAACCUCAGGUUUGAGAACUGGUGCAGAAUCAACAGAGCCAGGGACAAGGACUACUGAGGAGGAAUCAACUAAAGCAGGAACAACUGAAGGAUUCACCUCAGAUGUAACAUCUACUGCUUUACCAACAUCAGAUAUCACCACCAAUGGUCUGACUACCGAGGAGGAGACAACUGAUGAAUCAGGAACAACUGAAGGAUUCACUUCAGAUGUUACAUCUACUGGGCCGUCAACUUCAGAUAUCACCACCAAUGUUCUGACUACUGAGGGGGAAACAACUGAAUCACAAACAACUGAGAAAUUCACCUCAGAUGUUACAUCUACUGCUUCCUUAACAUCAGAUAUCACCACAGACAUUCCCUCAACUGGGCCGUCAACAUCAUAUAUCACCACCAAUGGUCUAACUACUGAGAAGCACACAACUGAAUCGGGAACAACUGAAAGAUUCACUUCAGAUGUUACAUCAACUGGGCCGUCAACAUCAGAUAUCACCACCAAUAGUCUAACUACUGAGGAGGAGACAACUAACUCGGGAACAACAGAAGAAUUCACCUCAGAUGUUACAUCUACUGCUCUACCAACAUCAGAUAUCACAACCAAUGGUCUAUCUAAUGAGGAGGAGACAACUGAAUCAGGAACAACUGAAGGAUUCACUUCAGAUGUUACAUCUACUGGGCCGUCAACUUCAGAUAUCACCACCAAUGUUCUGACUACUGAGGGGGAAACAAUUGAAUCAGGAACAACUGAAGGAUUCACUUCAGAUGUUACAUCUACUGGGCCGUCAACUUCAGAUAUCACCACCAAUGUUCUGACUACUGAGGGGGAAACAACUGAAUCACAAACAACUGAGAGAUUCACCUCAGAUGUUACAUCUACUGCUUCCUUAACAUCAGAUAUCACCACAGACAUUCCCUCAACUGGGCUGUCAACAUCAUAUAUCACCACCAAUGGUCUAACUACUGAGAAGCACACAACUGAAUCGGGAACAACUGAAAGAUUCACUUCAGAUGUUACAUCAACUGGGCCGUCAACAUCAGAUAUCACCACCAAUAGUCUAACUACUGAGGAGGAGACAACUAACUCGGGAACAACAGAAGAAUUCACCUCAGAUGUUACAUCUACUGCUCUACCAACAUCAGAUAUCACAACCAAUGGUCUAUCUAAUGAGGAGGAGACAUCUGAAUCAGGAACAACAGAAGAUUUCACCUCAGAUUUUACAUCAACUCUGUCGUCAACAUCAGAUAUCACUACUAAUCGUCUGACUACUGAGGAGGAGAGGACUGAGGGAAUAACCUCAGAUAUGACAUCUACUGCUCUACCAACAUCAGAUAUCAUUACCAAUGAUGAGGAUGAGUGUGCACUUGGUAUCAGUGGUUGCCCCCAGGGGUGUAACAAUACCACCCCUGCUCAGAACCCAGAUGGUUUCAGUUGCUACUGCUAUGAAGGCUUCAUCGCUGACCUGCAAGGCAACUGUGUCCCGGAAACAAGCUGCAUAAGUACUGUAUGUAGCAAUGCAGACUGUGUUAAUCUCAAUGGAAUGGAGAUGUGUGUUUGCUACAAUGGCUACAAAUUCAACAGCUCCGACAUCACAUCUUGUAUAGAUAUUGAUGAGUGCACUGAUGUAGAAUACAGCAACAUGUGCAAUCAGGACUGUUCCAAUACCAUCGGAGGGUACAACUGCUCUUGUUUUGAGGGGUAUUCCCUUAUGACUGAUGGCCGCACAUGCAAUGAUGUUGAUGAGUGUUCAAAUGGGAAUGAUUGUCAUGAGUUUGCACAGUGUGUCAAUACAGAGGGAUCCUAUAACUGUUCUUGUUUGAAUGGUUACACUGGAAAUGGAACAUUCUGUGAAAACAUCGAUGAAUGUGUAAACGACACCACCUGCAUAUCACCAGCGGUCUGUGUUGACACCUCUGGAAGUUUCAUCUGUGAAUGCCCCAGUGGAUAUGACCCUAAUGGAACCAGCUGUAUCAACAUCAACGAGUGCACCCUGUCUCAGAAUGACACUCGUCGUCAUGAGUGUGAUACCAAUGCUGCUUGUAUAGAUCUCCCUGGGAGUUAUAACUGCUCCUGCUUAGCUGGUUACCAAGGCAACGGACUCCAGUGUGAAGAUAUCAACGAGUGUAACACACCAGAUGCAUGCGUCACCAACUCCCAGUGUACUAACAUGAACGGGUCCUACAUGUGCAGAUGUGAUGCUGGUUACCGUGGUGAUGCUCGCAUCCAGUGCAAUGAUAUCAACGAGUGUGAUGAGAAUCGUAUCAUCUGUGAUGAGAACGCCAGCUGUAACAACACGGUUGGUAGCUACACCUGCACAUGUAAUGAUGGAUUCACAUCUAAUGGAACUGCGUGCACGAAUGUUGAUGAAUGUGUAGAGGAUACCCUGAAUGACUGUCAUCCCCUGGCUACCUGCACAGACACCAUAGGUAGCUACAUCUGUACCUGUCAGACUGGACUCAUCUCCCCUGAAGGAGCCAGAGGCAGAUCAUGUAAUGAUCUUGAUGAGUGUUCACUAGGUAUCAGUACUUGUGAUGCAGUGAUGGAAGAUUGUUUUAACACCUACGGAGCCUUCACAUGUAGCUGUGCUGAUGGCUAUGCACUCAGCAGUGGACAAUGCCAAGAUGUUAAUGAAUGUCUUGAUGACCCUUGUGAUAGCCAGGUGAACACCCGAUGUGAGAACCUACCUGGAUCAUACCAGUGCGUCUGCAGGACAGGUUACUAUGUCGUCAACUCUCAAUGCUUGCCUGCCAUGUCAAUGCUUCUCUCUGCGACCUUCACUGAUAUUGCUGGAUUGGAGGUGCUCGGACAGUACUUUGUUUACAAUGAUUUUGCUUUGUACAUACCCCAGCUUGAAAUAGAUGUGGACACCCUCCUCCAAAGCGCCGGUCUGACCAACUACACGGCUGUCUCCGUCUCCACCUCUCGUCUCCAGACAUUGGGAGUUGAGGUCGAGUUCAUCCUGGACUUCCUUGCGACAUCUACGACCACGAAAGAUGAGAUUCUAGUGGCUUUCCUGGCAGGGCUUCAAGGGAGAGAUGAUAUUAUCCUGCCAGAUAAUGUCAUUAUCAGGAGUACUGCGUUUGUUGGACAGCCAGUGAUUAAUCCAUGUGUGGAGGAGACAGACAACUGCACAACAAACUCAGACUGUAUCUUCCUUGGUACCUCUGGAAACUAUACUUGUCAAUGUCAAGAUGGAUUCAUGGGAGAUGGAUUCACAACCUGUACAGACAUCAAUGAAUGCCUGAAUGACACGUCAUGCACAAAUGAAGGAGAGAGGUGUGUUAACACUGCCGGAAGCUAUUCUUGUGACUGCAUGAUAGAUAGAGGUUACAUUGCUAAUGAUGGAGUAUGCACAUUAUAUGAAGUAUACCGUGGCCAGCUCACUGUCAAUUUUAUCAGCGGUCUCCCAGCUAUUUUCACUUCAGACCUCACUGACUCCUCUAGCCAGGCUUACUCGAGUCUAGCUUUCUUAGUCAGCAAUGCGAUACGAUAUCUCUUCCUACUGGAGCCAAACCUGCAAGACUUCUUCCAGUCUUGCACGGUGUCUGGUUUCACCAACGGCAGUGUGGUGGCGACAUACUAUGUUUCCUUCACCCAGUCGGUCAAUAUUUCAAGCAGCUCCCUCACAGCUCUCCUUGUGAACACCCUUGAGACUGGUGUCAUUCUUACUACAGGCAUUGCCUCUCAAGGGAAUAUCAAUGUAGAUAUUAACUCUGUGGAAUUCACCAAAAUUACCCAAGAGUGCACAAACACUUUCUGUUUCAAUGGAGGAACAUGUUCUUUGCAGAAUGGAUUGAAAGUCUGCCAGUGCCCUAGUGGUUAUGAGGGAGAUACUUGUGAGAGGGCUCCUAGCACUCGGCCUCCUACUAUAGCUACUACUCUGGAGGGGAGUACCAUGGCAACGGAAAACAUCACUGAGAUGACCAACACCACAACAUCAUCCCAGACAAAUAUCAAUGAAUGCCAAGAUGGAAGUAACACAUGUGAUACAGCAUCUCAGAUAUGCAUUAAUACAGUGGGAGGUUUCAUGUGUCAAUGCAUGACCGGAUUCGUACAAAAUGGAUCAAUUUGUCAAGACAUCGAUGAGUGUGCUGACAGCAGUUUAUGUGGAACAAAUGCAAUGUGUAUCAAUUCUUUUGGCAGCUACAUGUGUAGUUGUGUGAGUGGUUAUGAUGGAGAUGGGAUCACCUGUCUUGAUCUCUACACUUCAGAUGGUGCUGGCUCAUCAUUAAGCAGUGUAACUACAGCUGUUCCUCUAGAAACUUCUACAUUUUCUAUGGCAAGUCAGGUCUUGACUACAGAUAAGUCAGUCACCUCACAAAUUCAAACCACCUAUAACUUACCAUUUGUAACAUCAACCCCUGGGGAAUAUACCUCACAGAUGAGUACUUCCACAGAGCUCUCAACUGGGACUGUUAUUCUUUCGUCUACCACGAUUGAUGUAACUUCUGAGAAUUCUGUAACUGACCCUGAAUCAACUGUCCAAUUUACUGAGGAUACUACCACAAGUGUUCAAGGUUCAACCACAACAGUUGGUACAGGAGGUAUCUCAGCAACUGCAACAACCACUCAGUCUUCUAUGGAAAUGAGUACUGGUGCAGAUACGACAGAGAUAUCGACUUCUGAUGUAACAUCACAAUCUCCUACUACUUCAGGAUUCACAACCUCAGGUUUGAGAACUGGUGCAGAAUCAACAGAGCCAGGGACAAGGACUACUGAGGAGGAAUCAACUAAAGCAGGAACAACUGAAGGAUUCACCUCAGAUGUAACAUCUACUGCUUUACCAACAUCAGAUAUCACCACCAAUGGUCUGACUACCGAGGAGGAGACAACUGAAUCAGGAACAACUGAAGGAUUCACUUCAGAUGUUACAUCUACUGGGCCGUCAACUUCAGAUAUCACCACCAAUGUUCUGACUACUGAGGGGGAAACAACUGAAUCACAAACAACUGAGAGAUUCACCUCAGAUGUUACAUCUACUGCUUCCUUAACAUCAGAUAUCACCACAGACAUUCCCUCAACUGGGCCGUCAUCAUAUAUCACCACCAAUGGUCUAACUACUGAGAAGCACACAACUGAAUCGGGAACAACUGAAAGAUUCACUUCAGAUGUUACAUCAACUGGGCCGUCAACAUCAGAUAUCACCACCAAUAGUCUAACUACUGAGGAGGAGACAGCUAACUCGGGAACAACAGAAGAAUUCACCUCAGAUGUUACAUCUACUGCUCUACCAACAUCAGAUAUCACAACCAAUGGUCUAUCUAAUGAGGAGGAGACAUCUGAAUCAGGAACAACAGAAGAUUUCACCUCAGAUUUUACAUCAACUCUGUCGUCAACAUCAGAUAUCACUACUAAUCGUCUGACUACUGAGGAGGAGAGGACUGAGGGAAUAACCUCAGAUAUGACAUCUACCGCUCUACCAACAUCAGAUAUCAUUACCAAUGAUGAGGAUCAGUGUGCCCUUGGUAUCAGUGGGUGCCCCCAGGGGUGUAACAAUACCACCCCAGCUCAGAACCCAGAUGGUUUCAGUUGCUACUGCUAUGAAGGCUUCAUCGCUGACCUGCAAGGCAACUGUGUCCCGGAAACAAGCUGCAUAAGUACUGUAUGUAGCAAUGCAGACUGUGUUAAUCUCAAUGGAAUGGAGAUGUGUGUUUGCUACAAUGGCUACAAAUUCAACAGCUCCGACAUCACAUCUUGUAUAGAUAUUGAUGAGUGCACUGAUGUAGAAUACAGCAACAUGUGCAAUCAGGACUGUACCAAUACCAUCGGAGGGUACAACUGCUCUUGUUUUGAGGGGUAUUCCCUUAUGACUGAUGGCCGCACAUGCAAUGAUGUUGAUGAGUGUUCAAAUGGGAAUGAUUGUCAUGAGUUUGCACAGUGUGUCAAUACAGAGGGAUCCUAUAACUGUUCUUGUUUGAAUGGUUACACCGGAAAUGGAACAUUCUGUGAAAACAUCGAUGAAUGUGUAAACGACACCACCUGCAUAUCACCAGCGGUCUGUGUUGACACCUCUGGAAGUUUCAUCUGUGAAUGCCCCAGUGGAUAUGACCCUACUGGAACCAGCUGUAUCAACAUCAACGAGUGCACCCUGUCUCAGAAUGACACUCGUCGUCAUGAGUGUGAUACCAAUGCUGCUUGUGUGGAUCUCCCUGGGAGUUAUAACUGCUCCUGCUUAGCUGGUUACCAAGGCAACGGACUCCAGUGUGAAGAUAUCAACGAGUGUAACACACCAGAUGCAUGCGUCACCAACUCCCAGUGUACUAACAUGAACGGGUCCUACAUGUGCACAUGUGAUGCUGGUUACCGUGGUGAUGCUCGCAUCCGGUGCAAUGAUAUCAACGAGUGUGAUGAGAAUCGUAUCAUCUGUGAUGAGAACGCCAGCUGUAACAACAUGGUUGGUAGCUACACCUGCACAUGUAAUGAUGGAUUCACAUCUAAUGGAACUGGGUGCACGAAUGUUGAUGAAUGUGUAGAGGAUACCCUGAAUGACUGUCAUCCCCUGGCUACCUGCACAGACACCAUAGGAAGCUACAUCUGUACCUGUCAGACUGGACUCAUCUCCCCUGAAGGAGCCAGAGGCAGAUCAUGUAAUGAUCUUGAUGAGUGUUCACUAGGUAUCAGUACUUGUGAUGCAGUGAUGGAAGAUUGUUUUAACACCUACGGAGCCUUCACAUGUAGCUGUGCUGAUGGCUAUGCACUCAGCAGUGGACAAUGCCAAGAUGUUAAUGAAUGUCUUGAUGACCCUUGUGAUAGCCAGGUGAACACCCGAUGUGAGAACCUACCUGGAUCAUACCAGUGCGUCUGCAGGACAGGUUACUAUGUCGUCAACUCUCAAUGCUUGCCUGCCAUGUCAAUGCUUCUCUCUGCGACCUUCACUGAUAUUGCUGGAUUGGAGGUGCUCGGACAGUACUUUGUUUACAAUGAUUUUGCUUUGUACAUACCCCAGCUUGAAAUAGAUGUGGACACCCUCCUCCAAAGCGCCGGUCUGACCAACUACACGGCUGUCUCCGUCUCCACCUCUCGUCUCCAGACAUUGGGAGUUGAGGUCGAGUUCAUCCUGGACUUCCUUGCGACAUCUACGACCACGAAAGAUGAGAUUCUAGUGGCUUUCCUGGCAGGGCUUCAAGGGAGAGAUGAUAUUAUCCUGCCAGAUAAUGUCAUUAUCAGGAGUACUGCGUUUGUUGGACAGCCAGUGAUUAAUCCAUGUGUGGAGGAGACAGACAACUGCACAACAAACUCAGACUGUAUCUUCCUUGGUACCUCUGGAAACUAUACUUGUCAAUGUCAAGAUGGAUUCAUGGGAGAUGGAUUCACAACCUGUACAGACAUCAAUGAAUGCCUGAAUGACACGUCAUGCACAAAUGAAGGAGAGAGGUGUGUUAACACUGCCGGAAGCUAUUCUUGUGACUGCAUGAUAGAUAGAGGUUACAUUGCUAAUGAUGGAGUAUGCACAUUAUAUGAAGUAUACCGUGGCCAGCUCACUGUCAAUUUUAUCAGCGGUCUCCCAGCUAUUUUCACUUCAGACCUCACUGACUCCUCUAGCCAGGCUUACUCGAGUCUAGCUUUCUUAGUCAGCAAUGCGAUACGAUAUCUCUUCCUACUGGAGCCAAACCUGCAAGACUUCUUCCAGUCUUGCACGGUGUCUGGUUUCACCAACGGCAGUGUGGUGGCGACAUACUAUGUUUCCUUCACCCAGUCGGUCAAUAUUUCAAGCAGCUCCCUCACAGCUCUCCUUGUGAACACCCUUGAGACUGGUGUCAUUCUUACUACAGGCAUUGCCUCUCAAGGGAAUAUCAAUGUAGAUAUUAACUCUGUGGAAUUCACCAAAAUUACCCAAGAGUGCACAAACACUUUCUGUUUCAAUGGAGGAACAUGUUCUUUGCAGAAUGGAUUGAAAGUCUGCCAGUGCCCUAGUGGUUAUGAGGGAGAUACUUGUGAGAGGGCUCCUAGCACUCGGCCUCCUACUAUAGCUACUACUCUGGAGGGGAGUACCAUGGCAACGGAAAACAUCACUGAGAUGACCAACACCACAACAUCAUCCCAGACAAAUAUCAAUGAAUGCCAAGAUGGAAGUAACACAUGUGAUACAGCAUCUCAGAUAUGCAUUAAUACAGUGGGAGGUUUCAUGUGUCAAUGCAUGACCGGAUUCGUACAAAAUGGAUCAAUUUGUCAAGACAUCGAUGAGUGUGCUGACAGCAGUUUAUGUGGAACAAAUGCAAUGUGUAUCAAUUCUUUUGGCAGCUACAUGUGUAGUUGUGUGAGUGGUUAUGAUGGAGAUGGGAUCACCUGUCUUGAUGAGGAUGAGUGUGCCCUUGGUAUUAGUGGUUGCCCCCAGGGGUGUAACAAUACCACCCCAGCUCAGAACCCAGAUGGUUUCAGUUGCUACUGCUAUGAAGGCUUCAUCGCUGACCUGCAAGGCAACUGUGUCCCGGAAACAAGCUGCAUAAGUACUGUAUGUAGCAAUGCAGACUGUGUUAAUCUCAAUGGAAUGGAGAUGUGUGUUUGCUACAAUGGCUACAAAUUCAACAGCUCCGACAUCACAUCUUGUAUAGAUAUUGAUGAGUGCACUGAUGUAGAAUACAGCAACAUGUGCAAUCAGGACUGUACCAAUACCAUCGGAGGGUACAACUGCUCUUGUUUUGAGGGGUAUUCCCUUAUGACUGAUGGCCGCACAUGCAAUGAUAUCAAUGAAUGCCUAGAUGAAAGUAACACAUGUGAUACAGCAUCUCAGAUAUGCAUUAAUACAGUGGGAGGUUUCAUGUGUCAAUGCAUGACCGGAUUCGUACAAAAUGGAUCAAUUUGUCAAGACAUCGAUGAGUGUGCUGACAGCAGUUUAUGUGGAACAAAUGCAAUGUGUAUCAAUUCUUUUGGCAGCUACAUGUGUAGUUGUGUGAGUGGUUAUGAUGGAGAUGGGAUCACCUGUCUUGAUCUCUACACUUCAGAUGGUGCUGGCUCAUCAUUAAGCAGUGUAACUACAGCUGUUCCUCUAGAAACUUCUACAUUUUCUAUGGCAAGUCAGGUCUUGACUACAGAUAAGUCAGUCACCUCACAAAUUCAAACCACCAAUAACUUACCAUUUGUAACAUCAACCCCUGGGGAAUAUACCUCACAGAUGAGUACUUCCACAGAGCUCUCAACUGGGACUGUUAUUCUUUCGUCUACCACGAUUGAUGUAACUUCUGAGAAUUCUGUAACUGACCCUGAAUCAACUGUCCAAUUUACUGAGGAUACUACCACAAGUGUUCAAGGUUCAACCACAACAGUUGGUACAGGAGGUAUCUCAGCAACUGCAACAACCACUCAGUCUUCUAUGGAAAUGAGUACUGGUGCAGAUACGACAGAGAUAUCGACUUCUGAUGUAACAUCACAAUCUCCUACUACUUCAGGAUUCACAACCUCAGGUUUGAGAACUGGUGCAGAAUCAACAGAGCCAGGGACAAGGACUACUGAGGAGGAAUCAACUAAAGCAGGAACAACUGAAGGAUUCACCUCAGAUGUAACAUCUACUGCUUUACCAACAUCAGUGAUCACCACCAAUGGUCUGACUACCGAGGAGGAGACAACUGAAUCAGGAACAACUGAAGGAUUCACUUCAGAUGUUACAUCUACUGGGCCGUCAACUUCAGAUAUCACCACCAAUGUUCUGACUACUGAGGGGGAAACAACUGAAUCACAAACAACUGAGAGAUUCACCUCAGAUGUUACAUCUACUGCUUCCUUAACAUCAGAUAUCACCACAGACAUUCCCUCAACUGGGCCGUCAACAUCAUACAUGUAUAUCACCACCAAUGGUCUAACUACUGAGAAGCACACAACUGAAUCGGGAACAACUGAAAGAUUCACUUCAGAUGUUACAUCAACUGGGCCGUCAACAUCAGAUAUCACCACCAAUAGUCUAACUACUGAGGCGGAGACAACUAACUCGGGAACAACAGAAGAAUUCACCUCAGAUGUUACAUCUACUGCUCUACCAACAUCAGAUAUCACAACCAAUGGUCUAUCUAAUGAGGAGGAGACAACUGAAUCAGGAUCAACUGAAGGAUUCACUUCAGAUGUUACAUCUACUGGGCCGUCAACUUCAGAUAUCACCACCAAUGUUCUGACUACUGAGGGGGAAACAAUUGAAUCAGGAACAACUGAAGGAUUCACUUCAGAUGUUACAUCUACUGGGCCGUCAACUUCAGAUAUCACCACCAAUGUUCUGACUACUGAGGGGGAAACAACUGAAUCACAAACAACUGAGAGAUUCACCUCAGAUGUUACAUCUACUGCUUCCUUAACAUCAGAUAUCACCACAGACAUUCCCUCAACUGGGCCGUCAACAUCAUAUAUCACCACCAAUGGUCUAACUACUGAGAAGCACACAACUGAAUCGGGAACAACUGAAAGAUUCACUUCAGAUGUUACAUCAACUGGGCCGUCAAUUUCAGAUAUCACCACCAAUGUUCUGACUACUGAGGGGGAAACAACUGAAUCACAAACAACUGAGAGAUUCACCUCAGAUGUUACAUCUACUGCUUCCUUAACAUCAGAUAUCACCACAGACAUUCCCUCAACUGGGCCGUCAACAUCAUAUAUCACCACCAAUGUUCUGACUACUGAGAAGCACACAACUGAAUCGGGAACAACUGAAGGAUUCACUUCAGAUGUUACAUCUACUGGGCCGUCAACUUCAGAUAUCACCACCAAUGGUCUAACUACUGAGAAGCACACAACUGAAUCACAAACAACUGAGAGAUUCACCUCAGAUGUUACAUCUACUGCUUCCUUAACAUCAGAUAUCACCACAGACAUUCCCUCAACUGGGCCGUCAACAUCAUAUAUCACCACCAAUGGUCUAACUACUGAGAAGCACACAACUGAAUCGGGAACAACUGAAAGAUUCACUUCAGAUGUUACAUCAACUGGGCCGUCAACAUCAUAUAUCACCACCAAUGGUCUAACUACUGAGAAGCACACAACUGAAUCGGGAACAACUGAAAGAUUCACUUCAGAUGUUACAUCAACUGGGCCGUCAACAUCAGAUAUCACCACCAAUGGUCUAACUACUGAGAAGCACACAACUGAAUCGGGAACAACUGAAGGAUUCACUUCAGAUGUUACAUCUACUGGGCCGUCAACAUCAUAUAUCACCACCAAUGGUCUAACUACUGAGAAGCACACAACUGAAUCGGGAACAACUGAAGGAUUCACUUCAGAUGUUACAUCAACUGGGCCGUCAACAUCAUAUAUCACCACCAAUGGUCUAACUACUGAGAAGCACACAACUGAAUCGGGAACAACUGAAAGAUUCACUUCAGAUGUUACAUCAACUGGGCCGUCAACAUCAGAUAUCACCACCAAUGGUCUAACUACUGAGAAGCACACAACUGAAUCGGGAACAACUGAAGGAUUCACUUCAGAUGUUACAUCAACUGGGCCGUCAACAUCAUAUAUCACCACCAAUGGUCUAACUACUGAGAAGCACACAACUGAAUCGGGAACAACUGAAGGAUUCACUUCAGAUGUUACAUCUACUGGGCCGUCAACUUCAGAUAUCACCACCAAUGGUCUAACUACUGAGAAGCACACAACUGAAUCACAAACAACUGAGAGAUUCACCUCAGAUGUUACAUCUACUGCUUCCUUAACAUCAGAUAUCACCACAGACAUUCCCUCAACUGGGCCGUCAACAUCAUAUAUCACCACUAAUGGUCUAACUACUGAGAAGCACACAACUGAAUCGGGAACAACAGAAAGAUUCACUUCAGAUGUUACAUCAACUGGGCCGUCAACAUCAGAUAUCACCACCAAUAGUCUAACUACUGAGGCGGAGACAACUAACUCGGGAACAACAGAAGAAUUCACCUCAGAUGUUACAUCUACUGCUCUACCAACAUCAGAUAUCACAACCAAUGGUCUAUCUAAUGAGGAGGAGACAUCUGAAUCAGGAACAACAGAAGAUUUCACCUCAGAUUUUACAUCAACUCUGUCGUCAACAUCAGAUAUCACUACUAAUCGUCUGACUACUGAGGAGGAGAGGACUGAGGGAAUAACCUCAGAUAUGACAUCUACCGCUCUACCAACAUCAGAUAUCAUUACCAAUGAUGAGGAUGAGUGUGCCCUUGGUAUUAGUGGUUGCCCCCAGGGGUGUAACAAUACCACCCCAGCUCAGAACCCAGAUGGUUUCAGUUGCUACUGCUAUGAAGGCUUCAUCGCUGACCUGCAAGGCAACUGUGUCCCGGAAACAAGCUGCAUAAGUACUGUAUGUAGCAAUGCAGACUGUGUUAAUCUCAAUGGAAUGGAGAUGUGUGUUUGCUACAAUGGCUACAAAUUCAACAGCUCCGACAUCACAUCUUGUAUAGAUAUUGAUGAGUGCACUGAUGUAGAAUACAGCAACAUGUGCAAUCAGGACUGUACCAAUACCAUCGGAGGGUACAACUGCUCUUGUUUUGAGGGGUAUUCCCUUAUGACUGAUGGCCGCACAUGCAAUGAUAUCAAUGAAUGCCAAGAUGGAAGUAACACAUGUGAUACAGCAUCUCAGAUAUGCAUUAAUACAGUGGGAGGUUUCAUGUGUCAAUGCAUGACCGGAUUCGUACAAAAUGGAUCAAUUUGUCAAGACAUCGAUGAGUGUGCUGACAGCAGUUUAUGUGGAACAAAUGCAAUGUGUAUCAAUUCUUUUGGCAGCUACAUGUGUAGUUGUGUGAGUGGUUAUGAUGGAGAUGGGAUCACCUGUCUUGAUCUCUACACUUCAGAUGGUGCUGGCUCAUCAUUAAGCAGUGUAACUACAGCUGUUCCUCUAGAAACUUCUACAUUUUCUAUGGCAAGUCAGGUCUUGACUACAGAUAAGUCAGUCACCUCACAAAUUCAAACCACCAAUAACUUACCACUUGUAACAUCAACCCCUGGGGAAUAUACCUCACAGAUGAGUACUUCCACAGAGCUCUCAACUGGGACUGUUAUUCUUUCGUCUACCACGAUUGAUGUAACUUCUGAGAAUUCUGUAACUGACCCUGAAUCAACUGUCCAAUUUACUGAGGAUACUACCACAAGUGUUCAAGGUUCAACCACAACAGUUGGUACAGGAGGUAUCUCAGCAACUGCAACAACCACUCAGUCUUCUAUGGAAAUGAGUACUGGUGCAGAUACGACAGAGAUAUCGACUUCUGAUGUAACAUCACGAUCUCCUACUACUUCAGGAUUCACAACCUCAGGUUUGAGAACUGGUGCAGAAUCAACAGAGCCAGGGACAAGGACUACUGAGGAGGAAUCAACUAAAGCAGGAACAACUGAAGGAUUCACCUCAGAUGUAACAUCUACUGCUUUACCAACAUCAGAUAUCACCACCAAUGGUCUGACUACCGAGGAGGAGACAACUGAAUCAGGAACAACUGAAGGAUUCACUUCAGAUGUUACAUCUACUGGGCCGUCAACUUCAGAUAUCACCACCAAUGUUCUGACUACUGAGGGGGAAACAACUGAAUCACAAACAACUGAGAGAUUCACCUCAGAUGUUACAUCUACUGCUUCCUUAACAUCAGAUAUCACCACAGACAUUCCCUCAACUGGGCCGUCAACAUCAUAUAUCACCACCAAUGGUCUAACUACUGAGAAGCACACAACUGAAUCGGGAACAACUGAAAGAUUCACUUCAGAUGUUACAUCAACUGGGCCGUCAACAUCAGAUAUCACCACCAAUAGUCUAACUACUGAGGAGGAGACAACUAACUCGGGAACAACAGAAGAAUUCACCUCAGAUGUUACAUCUACUGCUCUACCAACAUCAGAUAUCACAACCAAUGGUCUAUCUAAUGAGGAGGAGACAUCUGAAUCAGGAACAACAGAAGAUUUCACCUCAGAUUUUACAUCAACUCUGUCGUCAACAUCAGAUAUCACUACUAAUCGUCUGACUACUGAGGAGGAGAGGACUGAGGGAAUAACCUCAGAUAUGACAUCUACCGCUCUACCAACAUCAGAUAUCAUUACCAAUGAUGAGGAUGAGUGUGCCCUUGGUAUUAGUGGUUGCCCCCAGGGGUGUAACAAUACCACCCCUGCUCAGAACCCAGAUGGUUUCAGUUGCUACUGCUAUGAAGGCUUCAUCGCUGACCUGCAAGGCAACUGUGUCCCGGAAACAAGCUGCAUAAGUACUGUAUGUAGCAAUGCAGACUGUGUUAAUCUCAAUGGAAUGGAGAUGUGUGUUUGCUACAAUGGCUACAAAUUCAACAGCUCCGACAUCACAUCUUGUAUAGAUAUUGAUGAGUGCACUGAUGUAGAAUACAGCAACAUGUGCAAUCAGGACUGUACCAAUACCAUCGGAGGGUACAACUGCUCUUGUUUUGAGGGGUAUUCCCUUAUGACUGAUGGCCGCACAUGCAAUGAUAUCAAUGAAUGCCUAGAAGGAAGUAACACAUGUGAUACAGCAUCUCAGAUAUGCAUUAAUACAGUGGGAGGUUUCAUGUGUCAAUGCAUGACCGGAUUCGUACAAAAUGGAUCAAUUUGUCAAGACAUCGAUGAGUGUGCUGACAGCAGUUUAUGUGGAACAAAUGCAAUGUGUAUCAAUUCUUUUGGCAGCUACAUGUGUAGUUGUGUGAGUGGUUAUGAUGGAGAUGGGAUCACCUGUCUUGAUGUUGAUGAGUGUUCAAAUGGGAAUGAUUGUCAUGAGUUUGCACAGUGUGUCAAUACAGAGGGAUCCUAUAACUGUUUUUGCUUGAGUGGUUACACCGGAAAUGGAACAUUCUGUGAAAACAUCGAUGAAUGUGUGAACGACACCACCUGCAUAUCACCAGCGGUCUGUGUUGACACCUCUGGAAGUUUCAUCUGUGAAUGCCCCAGUGGAUAUGACCCUACUGGAACCAGCUGUAUCAACAUCAACGAGUGCACCCUGUCUCAGAAUGACACUCGUCGUCAUGAGUGUGAUACCAAUGCUGCUUGUAUAGAUCUCCCUGGGAGUUAUAACUGCUCCUGCUUAGCUGGUUACCAAGGCAACGGACUCCAGUGUGAAGAUAUCAACGAGUGUAACACACCAGAUGCAUGCGUCACCAACUCCCAGUGUACUAACAUGAACGGGUCCUACAUGUGCACAUGUGAUGCUGGUUACCGUGGUGAUGGUCGCAUCCAGUGCAAUGAUAUCAACGAGUGUGAUGAGAAUCGUAUCAUCUGUGAUGAGAACGCCAGCUGUAACAACAUGGUUGGUAGCUACACCUGCACAUGUAAUGAUGGAUUCACGUCUAAUGGAACUGGGUGCACGAAUGUUGAUGAAUGUGUAGAGGAUACCCUGAAUGACUGUCAUCCCCUGGCUACCUGCACAGACACCAUAGGAAGCUACAUCUGUACCUGUCAGACUGGACUCAUCUCCCCUGAAGGAGCUAGAGGCAGAUCAUGUAAUGAUCUUGAUGAGUGUUCACUAGGUAUCAGUACUUGUGAUGCAGUGAUGGAAGAUUGUUUUAACACCUACGGAGCCUUCACAUGUAGCUGUGCUGAUGGCUAUGCACUCAGCAGUGGACAAUGCCAAGAUGUUAAUGAAUGUCUUGAUGACCCUUGUGAUAGCCAGGUGAACACCCGAUGUGAGAACCUACCUGGAUCAUACCAGUGCGUCUGCAGGACAGGUUACUAUGUCGUCAACUCUCAAUGCUUGCCUGCCAUGUCAAUGCUUCUCUCUGCGACCUUCACUGAUAUUGCUGGAUUGGAGGUGCUCGGACAGUACUUUGUUUACAAUGAUUUUGCUUUGUACAUACCCCAGCUUGAAAUAGAUGUGGACACCCUCCUCCAAAGCGCCGGUCUGACCAACUACACGGCUGUCUCCGUCUCCACCUCUCGUCUCCAGACAUUGGGAGUUGAGGUCGAGUUCAUCCUGGACUUCCUUGCGACAUCUACGACCACGAAAGAUGAGAUUCUAGUGGCUUUCCUGGCAGGGCUUCAAGGGAGAGAUGAUAUUAUCCUGCCAGAUAAUGUCAUUAUCAGGAGUACUGCGUUUGUUGGACAGCCAGUGAUUAAUCCAUGUGUGGAGGAGACAGACAACUGCACAACAAACUCAGACUGUAUCUUCCUUGGUACCUCUGGAAACUAUACUUGUCAAUGUCAAGAUGGAUUCAUGGGAGAUGGAUUCACAACCUGUACAGACAUCAAUGAAUGCCUGAAUGACACGUCAUGCACAAAUGAAGGAGAGAGGUGUGUUAACACUGCCGGAAGCUAUUCUUGUGACUGCAUGAUAGAUAGAGGUUACAUUGCUAAUGAUGGAGUAUGCACAUUAUAUGAAGUAUACCGUGGCCAGCUCACUGUCAAUUUUAUCAGCGGUCUCCCAGCUAUUUUCACUUCAGACCUCACUGACUCCUCUAGCCAGGCUUACUCGAGUCUAGCUUUCUUAGUCAGCAAUGCGAUACGAUAUCUCUUCCUACUGGAGCCAAACCUGCAAGACUUCUUCCAGUCUUGCACGGUGUCUGGUUUCACCAACGGCAGUGUGGUGGCGACAUACUAUGUUUCCUUCACCCAGUCGGUCAAUAUUUCAAGCAGCUCCCUCACAGCUCUCCUUGUGAACACCCUUGAGACUGGUGUCAUUCUUACUACAGGCAUUGCCUCUCAAGGGAAUAUCAAUGUAGAUAUUAACUCUGUGGAAUUCACCAAAAUUACCCAAGAGUGCACAAACACUUUCUGUUUCAAUGGAGGAACAUGUUCUUUGCAGAAUGGAUUGAAAGUCUGCCAGUGCCCUAGUGGUUAUGAGGGAGAUACUUGUGAGAGGGCUCCUAGCACUCGGCCUCCUACUAUAGCUACUACUCUGGAGGGGAGUACCAUGGCAACGGAAAACAUCACUGAGAUGACCAACACCACAACAUCAUCCCAGACAAAUCUCUACACUUCAGAUGGUGCUGGCUCAUCAUUAAGCAGUGUAACUACAGCUGUUCCUCUAGAAACUUCUACAUUUUCUAUGGCAAGUCAGGUCUUGACUACAGAUAAGUCAGUGACCUCACAAAUUCAAACCACCAAUAACUUACCAUUUGUAACAUCAACCCCUGGGGAAUAUACCUCACAGAUGAGUACUUCCACAGAGCUCUCAACUGGGACUGUUAUUCUUUCGUCUACCACGAUUGAUGUAACUUCUGAGAAUUCUGUAACUGACCCUGAAUCAACUGUCCAAUUUACUGAGGAUACUACCACAAGUGUUCAAGGUUCAACCACAACAGUUGGUACAGGAGGUAUCUCAGCAACUGCAACAACCACUCAGUCUUCUAUGGAAAUGAGUACUGGUGCAGAUACGACAGAGAUAUCGACUUCUGAUGUAACAUCACAAUCUCCUACUACUUCAGGAUUCACAACCUCAGGUUUGAGAACUGGUGCAGAAUCAACAAAGCCAGGGACAAGGACUACUGAGGAGGAAUCAACUAAAGCAGGAACAACUGAAGGAUUCACCUCAGAUGUAACAUCUACUGCUUUACCAACAUCAGAUAUCACCACCAAUGGUCUGACUACCGAGGAGGAGACAACUGAAUCAGGAACAACUGAAGGAUUCACUUCAGAUGUUACAUCUACUGGGCCGUCAACUUCAGAUAUCACCACCAAUGUUCUGACUACUGAGGGGGAAACAACUGAAUCACAAACAACUGAGAGAUUCACCUCAGAUGUUACAUCUACUGCUUCCUUAACAUCAGAUAUCACCACAGACAUUCCCUCAACUGGGCCGUCAACAUCAUAUAUCACCACCAAUGGUCUAACUACUGAGAAGCACACAACUGAAUCGGGAACAACUGAAAGAUUCACUUCAGAUGUUACAUCAACUGGGCCGUCAACAUCAGAUAUCACCACCAAUAGUCUAACUACUGAGGAGGAGACAACUAACUCGGGAACAACAGAAGAAUUCACCUCAGAUGUUACAUCUACUGCUCUACCAACAUCAGAUAUCACAACCAAUGGUCUAUCUAAUGAGGAGGAGACAUCUGAAUCAGGAACAACAGAAGAUUUCACCUCAGAUUUUACAUCAACUCUGUCGUCAACAUCAGAUAUCACUACUAAUCGUCUGACUACUGAGGAGGAGAGGACUGAGGGAAUAACCUCAGAUAUGACAUCUACCGCUCUACCAACAUCAGAUAUCAUUACCAAUGAUGAGGAUGAGUGUGCACUUGGUAUCAGUGGUUGCCCCCAGGGGUGUAACAAUACCACCCCAGCUCAGAACCCAGAUGGUUUCAGUUGCUACUGCUAUGAAGGCUUCAUCGCUGACCUGCAAGGCAACUGUGUCCCGGAAACAAGCUGCAUAAGUACUGUAUGUAGCAAUGCAGACUGUGUUAAUCUCAAUGGAAUGGAGAUGUGUGUUUGCUACAAUGGCUACAAAUUCAACAGCUCCGACAUCACAUCUUGUAUAGAUAUUGAUGAGUGCACUGAUGUAGAAUACAGCAACAUGUGCAAUCAGGACUGUUCCAAUACCAUCGGAGGGUACAACUGCUCUUGUUUUGAGGGGUAUUCCCUUAUGACUGAUGGCCGCACAUGCAAUGAUAUCAAUGAAUGCCAAGAUGGAAGUAACACAUGUGAUACAGCAUCUCAGAUAUGCAUUAAUACAGUGGGAGGUUUCAUGUGUCAAUGCAUGACCGGAUUCGUACAAAAUGGAUCAAUUUGUCAAGACAUCGAUGAGUGUGCUGACAACAGUAUAUGUGGAACCAAUGCGAUGUGUAUCGAUUCUUUUGGCAGCUACAUGUGUAGUUGUGUGAGUGGUUAUGAUGGAGAUGGGAUUACCUGUCUUGAUGUUGAUGAGUGUUCAAAUGGGAAUGAUUGUCAUGAGUUUGCACAGUGUGUCAAUACAGAGGGAUCCUAUAACUGUUCUUGUUUGAAUGGUUACACCGGAAAUGGAACAUUCUGUGAAAACAUCGAUGAAUGUGUAAAUGACACCACCUGCAUAUCACCAGCGGUCUGUGUUGACACCUCUGGAAGUUUCAUCUGUGAAUGCCCCAGUGGAUAUGACCCUACUGGAACCAGCUGUAUCAACAUCAACGAGUGCACCCUGUCUCAGAAUGACACUCGUCGUCAUGAGUGUGAUACCAAUGCUGCUUGUAUAGAUCUCCCUGGGAGUUAUAACUGCUCCUGCUUAGCUGGUUACCAAGGCAACGGACUCCAGUGUGAAGAUAUCAACGAGUGUAACACACCAGAUGCAUGCGUCACCAACUCCCAGUGUACUAACAUGAACGGGUCCUACAUGUGCACAUGUGAUGCUGGUUACCGUGGUGAUGGUCGCAUCCAGUGCAAUGAUAUCAACGAGUGUGAUGAGAAUCGUAUCAUCUGUGAUGAGAACGCCAGCUGUAACAACAUGGUUGGUAGCUACACCUGCACAUGUAAUGAUGGAUUCACGUCUAAUGGAACUGGGUGCACGAAUGUUGAUGAGUGUGUAGAGGAUACCCUGAAUGACUGUCAUCCCCUGGCUACCUGCACAGACACCAUAGGAAGCUACAUCUGUACCUGUCAGACUGGACUCAUCUCCCCUGAAGGAGCCAGAGGCAGAUCAUGUAAUGAUCUUGAUGAGUGUUCACUAGGUAUCAGUACUUGUGAUGCAGUGAUGGAAGAUUGUUUUAACACCUACGGAGCCUUCACGUGCAGCUGUGCUGAUGGCUAUGGACUCAGCAGUGGACAAUGCCAAGAUGUUAAUGAAUGUCUUGAUGACCCUUGUGAUAGCCAGGUGAACACCCGAUGUGAGAACCUACCUGGAUCAUACCAGUGCGUCUGCAGGACAGGUUACUAUGUCGUCAACUCUCAAUGCUUGCCUGCCAUGUCAAUGCUUCUCUCUGCGACCUUCACUGAUAUUGCUGGAUUGGAGGUGCUCGGACAGUACUUUGUUUACAAUGAUUUUGCUUUGUACAUACCCCAGCUUGAAAUAGAUGUGGACACCCUCCUCCAAAGCGCCGGUCUGACCAACUACACGGCUGUCUCCGUCUCCACCUCUCGUCUCCAGACAUUGGGAGUUGAGGUCGAGUUCAUCCUGGACUUCCUUGCGACAUCUACGACCACGAAAGAUGAGAUUCUAGUGGCUUUCCUGGCAGGGCUUCAAGGGAGAGAUGAUAUUAUCCUGCCAGAUAAUGUCAUUAUCAGGAGUACUGUGUUUGUUGGACAGCCAGUGAUUAAUCCAUGUGUGGAGGAGACAGACAACUGCACAACAAACUCAGACUGUAUCUUCCUUGGUACCUCUGGAAACUAUACUUGUCAAUGUCAAGAUGGAUUCAUGGGAGAUGGAUUCACAACCUGUACAGACAUCAAUGAAUGCCUGAAUGACACGUCAUGCACAAAUGAAGGAGAGAGGUGUGUUAACACUGCCGGAAGCUAUUCUUGUGACUGCAUGAUAGAUAGAGGUUACAUUGCUAAUGAUGGAGUAUGCACAUUAUAUGAAGUAUACCGUGGCCAGCUCACUGUCAAUUUUAUCAGCGGUCUCCCAGCUAUUUUCACUUCAGACCUCACUGACUCCUCUAGCCAGGCUUACUCGAGUCUAGCUUUCUUAGUCAGCAAUGCGAUACGAUAUCUCUUCCUACUGGAGCCAAACCUGCAAGACUUCUUCCAGUCUUGCACGGUGUCUGGUUUCACCAACGGCAGUGUGGUGGCGACAUACUAUGUUUCCUUCACCCAGUCGGUCAAUAUUUCAAGCAGCUCCCUCACAGCUCUCCUUGUGAACACCCUUGAGACUGGUGUCAUUCUUACUACAGGCAUUGCCUCUCAAGGGAAUAUCAAUGUAGAUAUUAACUCUGUGGAAUUCACCAAAAUUACCCAAGAGUGCACAAUCACUUUCUGUUUCAAUGGAGGAAUAUGUUCUUUGCAGAAUGGAUUGAAAGUCUGCCAGUGCCCUAGUGGUUAUGAGGGAGAUACUUGUGAGAUUGCUCCUAGCACUCUGCCUCCUACUAUAGCUACUACUCUGGAGGGGAGUACCAUGGCAACGGAAAACAUCACUGAGAUGACCAACACCACAACAUCAUCCCAGACAAAUCUCUACACUUCAGAUGGUGCUGGCUCAUCAUUAAGCAGUGUAACUACAGCUGUUCCUCUAGAAACUUCUACAUUUUCUAUGGCAAGUCAGGUCUUGACUACAGAUAAGUCAGUCACCUCACAAAUUCAAACCACCAAUAACUUACCACUUGUAACAUCAACCCCUGGGGAAUAUACCUCACAGAUGAGUACUUCCACAGAGCUCUCAACUGGGACUGUUAUUCUUUCGUCUACCACGAUUGAUGUAACUUCUGAGAAUUCUGUAACUGACCCUGAAUCAACUGUCCAAUUUACUGAGGAUACUACCACAAGUGUUCAAGGUUCAACCACAACAGUUGGUACAGGAGGUAUCUCAGCAACUGCAACAACCACUCAGUCUUCUAUGGAAAUGAGUACUGGUGCAGAUACGACAGAGAUAUCGACUUCUGAUGUAACAUCACAAUCUCCUACUACUUCAGGAUUCACAACCUCAGGUUUGAGAACUGGUGCAGAAUCAACAGAGCCAGGGACAAGGACUACUGAGGAGGAAUCAACUAAAGCAGGAACAACUGAAGGAUUCACCUCAGAUGUAACAUCUACUGCUUUACCAACAUCAGAUAUCACCACCAAUGGUCUGACUACCGAGGAGGAGACAACUGAAUCAGGAACAACUGAAGGAUUCACUUCAGAUGUUACAUCUACUGGGCCGUCAACUUCAGAUAUCACCACCAAUGUUCUGACUACUGAGGGGGAAACAACUGAAUCACAAACAACUGAGAGAUUCACCUCAGAUGUUACAUCUACUGCUUCCUUAACAUCAGAUAUCACCACAGACAUUCCCUCAACUGGGCCGUCAACAUCAUAUAUCACCACCAAUGGUCUAACUACUGAGAAGCACACAACUGAAUCGGGAACAACUGAAAGAUUCACUUCAGAUGUUACAUCAACUGGGCCGUCAACAUCAGAUAUCACCACCAAUAGUCUAACUACUGAGGAGGAGACAACUAACUCGGGAACAACAGAAGAAUUCACCUCAGAUGUUACAUCUACUGCUCUACCAACAUCAGAUAUCACAACCAAUGGUCUAUCUAAUGAGGAGGAGACAUCUGAAUCAGGAACAACAGAAGAUUUCACCUCAGAUUUUACAUCAACUCUGUCGUCAACAUCAGAUAUCACUACUAAUCGUCUGACUACUGAGGAGGAGAGGACUGAGGGAAUAACCUCAGAUAUGACAUCUACCGCUCUACCAACAUCAGAUAUCAUUACCAAUGAUGAGGAUGAGUGUGCCCUUGGUAUUAGUGAUUGCCCCCAGGGGUGUAACAAUACCACCCCAGCUCAGAACCCAGAUGGUUUCAGUUGCUACUGCUAUGAAGGCUUCAUCGCUGACCUGCAAGGCAACUGUGUCCCGGAAACAAGCUGCAUAAGUACUGUAUGUAGCAAUGCAGACUGUGUUAAUCUCAAUGGAAUGGAGAUGUGUGUUUGCUACAAUGGCUACAAAUUCAACAGCUCCGACAUCACAUCUUGUAUAGAUAUUGAUGAGUGCACUGAUGUAGAAUACAGCAACAUGUGCAAUCAGGACUGUACCAAUACCAUCGGAGGGUACAACUGCUCUUGUUUUGAGGGGUAUUCCCUUAUGACUGAUGGCCGCACAUGCAAUGAUAUCAAUGAAUGCCAAGAUGGAAGUAACACAUGUGAUACAGCAUCUCAGAUAUGCAUUAAUACAGUGGGAGGUUUCAUGUGUCAAUGCAUGACCGGAUUCGUACAAAAUGGAUCAAUUUGUCAAGACAUCGAUGAGUGUGCUGACAGCAGUUUAUGUGGAACAAAUGCAAUGUGUAUCAAUUCUUUUGGCAGCUACAUGUGUAGUUGUGUGAGUGGUUAUGAUGGAGAUGGGAUCACCUGUCUUGAUGUUGAUGAGUGUUCAAAUGGGAAUGAUUGUCAUGAGUUUGCACAGUGUGUCAAUACAGAGGGACCCUAUAACUGUUCUUGUUUGAAUGGUUACACCGGAAAUGGAACAUUCUGUGAAAACAUCGAUGAAUGUGUAAACGACACCACCUGCAUAUCACCAGCGGUCUGUGUUGACACCUCUGGAAGUUUCAUCUGUGAAUGCCCCAGUGGAUAUGACCCUACUGGAACCAGCUGUAUCAACAUCAACGAGUGCACCCUGUCUCAGAAUGACACUCGUCGUCAUGAGUGUGACUCCAAUGCUGCUUGUAUAGAUCUCCCUGGGAGUUAUAACUGCUCCUGCUUAGCUGGUUACCAAGGCAACGGACUCCAGUGUGAAGAUAUCAACGAGUGUAACACACCAGAUGCAUGCGUCACCAACUCCCAGUGUACUAACAUGAACGGGUCCUACAUGUGCACAUGUGAUGCUGGUUACCGUGGUGAUGGUCGCAUCCAGUGCAAUGAUAUCAACGAGUGUGAUGAGAAUCGUAUCAUCUGUGAUGAGAACGCCAGCUGUAACAACAUGGUUGGUAGCUACACCUGCACAUGUAAUGAUGGAUUCACAUCUAAUGGAACUGCAUGCACGAAUGUUGAUGAAUGUGUAGAGGAUACCCUGAAUGACUGUCAUCCCCUGGCUACCUGCACAGACACCAUAGGAAGCUACAUCUGUACCUGUCAGACUGGAUUCAUCUCCCCUGAAGGAGCCAGAGGCAGAUCAUGUAAUGAUCUUGAUGAGUGUUCACUAGGUAUCAGUACUUGUGAUGCAGUGAUGGAAGAUUGUUUUAACACCUACGGAGCCUUCACAUGUAGCUGUGCUGAUGGCUAUGCACUCAGCAGUGGACAAUGCCAAGAUGUUAAUGAAUGUCUUGAUGACCCUUGUGAUAGCCAGGUGAACACCCGAUGUGAGAACCUACCUGGAUCAUACCAGUGCGUCUGCAGGACAGGUUACUAUGUCGUCAACUCUCAAUGCUUGCCUGCCAUGUCAAUGCUUCUCUCUGCGACCUUCACUGAUAUUGCUGGAUUGGAGGUGCUCGGACAGUACUUUGUUUACAAUGAUUUUGCUUUGUACAUACCCCAGCUUGAAAUAGAUGUGGACACCCUCCUCCAAAGCGCCGGUCUGACCAACUACACGGCUGUCUCCGUCUCUACCUCUCGUCUCCAGACAUUGGGAGUUGAGGUCGAGUUCAUCCUGGACUUCCUUGCGACAUCUACGACCACGAAAGAUGAGAUUCUAGUGGCUUUCCUGGCAGGGCUUCAAGGGAGAGAUGAUAUUAUCCUGCCAGAUAAUGUCAUUAUCAGGAGUACUGUGUUUGUUGGACAGCCAGUGAUUAAUCCAUGUGUGGAGGAGACAGACAACUGCACAACAAACUCAGACUGUAUCUUCCUUGGUACCUCUGGAAACUAUACUUGUCAAUGUCAAGAUGGAUUCAUGGGAGAUGGAUUCACAACCUGUACAGACAUCAAUGAAUGCCUGAAUGACACGUCAUGCACAAAUGAAGGAGAGAGGUGUGUUAACACUGCCGGAAGCUAUUCUUGUGACUGCAUGAUAGAUAGAGGUUACAUUGCUAACGAUGGAGUAUGCACAUUAUAUGAAGUAUACCGUGGCCAGCUCACUGUCAAUUUUAUCAGCGGUCUCCCAGCUAUUUUCACUUCAGACCUCACUGACUCCUCUAGCCAGGCUUACUCGAGUCUAGCUUUCUUAGUCAGCAAUGCGAUACGAUAUCUCUUCCUACUGGAGCCAAACCUGCAAGACUUCUUCCAGUCUUGCACGGUGUCUGGUUUCACCAACGGCAGUGUGGUGGCGACAUACUAUGUUUCCUUCACCCAGUCGGUCAAUACUUCAAAGAGCUCCCUCACAGCUCUCGUUGUGAACACCCUUGAGACUGGUGUCAUUCUUACUACAGGCAUUGCCUCUCAAGGGAAUAUCAAUGUAGAUAUUAACUCUGUGGAAUUCACCAAAAUUACCCAAGAGUGCACAAUCACUUUCUGUUUCAAUGGAGGAAUAUGUUCUUUGCAGAAUGGAUUGAAAGUCUGCCAGUGCCCUAGUGGUUAUGAGGGAGAUACUUGUGAGAUUGCUCCUAGCACUCUGCCUCCUACUAUAGCUACUACUCUGGAGGGGAGUACCAUGGCAACGGAAAACAUCACUGAGAUGACCAACACCACAACAUCAUCCCAGACAACUGGCCUUUCUGAUGCUCAAAUCAUCGGCAUCGUCUUUGGCAUCCUGGGUUUCAUCGUUGUCGUGUUCCUAUUCAUCGUUUGCUUCUGCGCCGUCAUCCGCCACCGCCAGCGCAAUAUGUUGCUCUACUCCAAGCCCCAGUCCUACGACAUUGCCGAUGAUCGUCAACGUGUCCUGUACAAUGUUCCUCGUGCUCAACGUACCGGACGCUCUGACUUCCGCCACAAUGAUGGCUCCGAGCAGUACAGGCUGCCAUCCUAUCUCUUUGAUUCAGAGACUGACUCCAGCGACAGGACAAGCGAUAUCACGGAGGAGGAUCGUCACAUGCAGCAAUUGGCAGAAGUCAUCACACAAUCCCCCUACCUCAAUGAACGGAUGCGAUCCCAGAUUACGGAUAUUGCUGGCAGGUCUGGUCACAGGCCGCCCCAACAGUCUGAAUUUGUGCGGCCCUAUGUGGCGUCCGGUCGAGAAGCAGAAUUCUUAUCAACUGCUAGCGAAUCAGGAGACAUUAUCAGUCCAACCAGAAGGUUCCAGAUACCAAGAGCUCAAGUUCCAUAGGGUCUUCGAGAAAGCCACACAUAAAACUCUAAUGCAAAUGAUUCAUGUGUUUACUUUUAGAUAUUCUCAUAAGUACUUAUUAAAGACCGUCAAUACUGCUGGGUCAGAAGAGAUUACACCACCCAGCCAGGUCACUGACAGGUGGUUAUCUCAUCAACUUAGCUCUCAACUAACAUAAGAAAAAGAGGAUCAUG